AUGAUUAACCCUUUAGAUUUAGUUACUGUACCUCAACCGCAUUUUAUACCUGGAUAUACCGGGUACUGUCCACAAUAUAUUUUUCGAGCUGGUAACACUUAUGGCAGUUGCACUCAUAAACUAUUGGUCGAUCCAACAAUAAAUCAUUCUCAAAAUCUCAUACUUAGCGAUCGAACACCAGAUGAUCAUCAAGUUUUUCGUCCUGCUCAAAAAGAUAUUGAUAUUGUUAAGGCGAGAUUUCGACAAGGAAAUACAAUUUAUCAACAUCCCAUGAUUCCCGGAUAUGAAGGUUUCGUACCAAGAUUAAACAAUCAAUUCGGACAAAAUUAUUCGGUUGAAGCCACGGAAGCCAUAACGGAAUUUGAAAAACAACAAUAUAAAAAUAGAUUAGCUUUACAAAAUGUUAAAAAAUUAGGAGCUGCACAAAACGAUGAUUGGGAUCCGAAAAGUUUACAGGAUAGAACGCUCAUAAAAGCCACGUAUAAACUACCACUAAUGACGGUUAGACCGGAACAAGUUGCUAUUUUAAGAGAUCGUAAAGUUGUUGAACCUUGUUUAGAACCCCCAAUACAAUCUCAGUCGCCAUAUUUUAUGGAUAAUAAUAAUCCACAAAAAAGAAUCACAAAAGGAACGUGCACAUCGAUACCUUUUGGUUAUUCGAAAUUUGGAAUGUCAAAUGAUCCAAUGACUAAUUCGGCAUUGUGCGAUUUUACAUCGAAUUAUAGAAAAAAAUUAAGUACGGAAUGGGCACCUGUAAACCUUUCAAGACCAGAUCCUCCAUUACAUUUUACACAAAUGGAAAUUUAUCACAAACAUAUAGGUCUUUUACCAAAUUAUGCCGGUCACAUACCUGGUGCAAAAUUUAGGUGUGGUAAAACAAUCGGUGACGAUUCAAGAGAUGCUAAAAGAUGGCUAAGAAGAGAUUUUAGACUUUAG